UCCAGGCUGCAGGGAACGACGUUCUCUGUGCUGGAGAUGGAAGAGAAAGAGAAGAGGAGCCCCCCUGAGCUUCCCGGGGAAGGGGCAGGGGCUUCCCCAGAUUUAAAUAGCUUGUGUUCCCACGUCAAUACCAAGAUUUCAAAUAUCAAGACAUUACUUCGGUUAAGAAAGAUAGGCCAGGAGCCGUCUCUGAAGACCGUGCUUGGCAAGAUUCUCCACGAGAUGUUUCUCUUCAACGACUUGCUCAAUAAGAUGGAACUGGAAUGUCUGCAUCAGGAAAGGCAGAAAGAACAACUCAAGGAGCUGCAGGAAGCCAUUGAAGGGGACUAUAAUGAAGCCCAGCAGCUCGAAGAAAACAUGCCCCUCCACCUACCCAACGCACUCCCUGCCAGUGCUGCGAGCUUGCCUGAGAAGAAGGAGGAACAGUGCAAAGAGGCUGAGCCGGGGCGCCCAAAGAAGCCGGGGAAGGAGUCCAAGCACCACGUUAAAGAAGCGCCCUUCAUAACCGUCGAGGAAUUUGAGAGUGUUCCUGCGUACAUGCGAGGCCGUCUCUCGUAUAAUCAAGUGAACGCAGUGAUCCAAGAAAUCAAUAAGGCGGUGGCCAGCAAGUAUAAGAUCAUGCGCCAGUCUGCUAAAACCAUGUCCAGUGCUGUCAGGAACCUUUACUUCAGAUUCCAGGAAGAAGAAACUAAGGAUACGAAAGGUGAGUUCUUUAUCGUGGAGGCUGACAUCGAAGAGUUCACACAGCUGAAGGCAGACAAGCGUUUCCACAGCAUUCUGACCAUCUUGCGGCACUGCCAGAGAGUGCGGGAGAUCCGGGGUUCGCGGCUUGUUCGUUAUGCCAUCUGUUGAGAUGCUGUGAUUUUGGAGCUGGGAUUGGAGUCUCCAAGAAGCAGGGAAAGAACGGAACUCUAAAUGGUUACGUCAUUGCUUUUGAAUUCGCUUGGAGAAUGCCUUUGAAUUCUUUCAUAAUUAAUAUACUAAUCUGAGAACGAGCUAACCUCCAAUCAAAAUUUUCCUUUUUAGCAAAAAAUAGGAUGUUGUUUGACAAGAAAAAUGUUCUCCCCCCCCCCUUAGUUUGAGUUUGCAUUUGAUAUCCUUAAAUAACCCCCUCCCCUCCGCAAGUGCUGCUGUUCGACAUGAGUAACGGCAUAGCAGCUUAACAGAUUGCUUUGAGCUCUUGAAACUGGAAUUUGGAGUGACUGAAAUGCCAAUAAAGAGUC